CACGAGUACAAUAGCGAUAAGUGAAGUUCUCUAGCGUUAUAGAAGCUUCUCUCUUAGGAGCCGAUACAAUGAAACAUUCUCAUAGUGUAUAGAAACUUUGGGUAACACCGUAUGAUAUAUUGUUUUGCUGGGAAAUACGUCUUAAUAAUAACUGAUAUAAACUAUUAUAUAUAUAAUACCUUAACAAAACUGGCUGUUCCUUUAUAAAAAGGUUCUUACUGUCGUGGAAAGAAUGUGAAGUGAAAUAUUAAAUAUUGUGUUAGUGUUAUAGAACAAUUGUUGGAUUAUAUUUUCAUCAUUUUGAACUGUGCGGAUUAUUAUGUUAACAUGGGGAAACGUAACAGUAAACUGAAACCAGAUGACGUCGAGGGUCUGAAGAAUUCUACACAUUUUUCUGAAGUCGAAAUACAACAGUGGUACAAAGGCUUCAUGAAGGAUUGUCCUGAUGGGAAACUCACUUUAGAGGGCUUUACCAAAAUAUACAAACAGUUCUUCCCGUUUGGUGAUCCUAGUCGGUUCGCCACGUUCGUGUUCAAUGUGUUCGACAAAAAUAAGGAUGGUUACAUCGAGUUCCACGAGUUUUUACAAGCUCUUUCAGUGACUUCGAGAGGAAACGUAGAGGAGAAAUUACAAUGGGCAUUCCGGCUAUAUGAUCUCGACAGCGAUGGAUUCAUUACGCGAGACGAACUCCGAGACAUAGUAGAUUCCAUAUACAAAAUGGUGGGCAACACUGUAAAACUGCCGGAGGAGGAAAACACCCCAGACAAGAGGGUGAACAAGAUCUUUGAUGUUAUGGAUAAGAACCACGACGAUAAACUAUCUUUUGAGGAAUUUCUCGACGGCUCCAAAAAGGAUCCAACAAUUAUCCAAGCACUUACACUGUAUGACGGUUCACAUGCUACCACCUGACAUUCAUGGCGCGCUUAAAAUGACUUCGUUUAUUUGAAACGGCGGGCGAGCUCCUAAGGGUACUACUUUUCAUUUGUAACGACGAGCGAGCUCCGAGGGACUACUUUUUAUUUGGUUUAAAUGAUAACGCUGUGCACACGAAGUGCAAACGGGUCGCCAAGACCUUCCAGCACGCGGGUUUAACUGUUUGUGUGACCGAUGUUUUGCCUGUGGUCUUUGGCCGGCAACCCAACAUUGUAAGCAGCUUGUGAUUAUUGAACCCCGACACCUACACUUUUGCUUAAUUACCUGAAAGUUUAAAUCUAUCCGAACUAGGUAGCAGUGCAUAUACAUGAAAUAAAAAAGCGUUUCGAACUUUUCUGAGUAUAACAUAGCAUCGCUACAAUGAAACAUUUCGAAAAAGUGCGCAAAUAUUUGUAAAUUACUCUUAUUAUAUAUGGAAUUUUAUAGUAUUGUAUUUAUUUUCAAAAUUGUUCAUAUAUGUUUAUUUUAUUGCACAUUUUUGUAAACAAUCAACUAAGUUGGUAUGUCUAUUAACGAAUCAGUCCGAGGAUGUGUUUAUUAAAUAUAUCCAUGUUUAUUGUUAUUUUUGUAUAAAUAACAAGGACUUUUUUGACAGACAAAUGCCAACGAAUCUUAUGAGAUCUAUUUGAAGAUUACAAUGUACAAUCACGUUUACAAGACAAGUCUAUAUAUUUUACCUAUUACAAAUUGUGUGUUCAUAUUAGCCAUUUGAAUCAUCUGUACUUUUUAAAAAGCAUGAUAUUUUUUCUUUUUAUGUAUGCCAAGUACACUGUAAUGUUUUUUGUUAUUUACUUUAUUAAACAUGCACAGAAAGGAA